GGUUCAAGACGCGUCAUGUCCUUCGGAAGCUCGUUGUCAAAGUAACGCGGCCGAGCUUGAUUUUCUUUUGGUCCUGAAGCUUCGGAAUAACUGGUGGAUUUCUUUCCCUCUUAAUUUGUCGUGAUGUGGAGUGGAGCCUCGCAUGUCCGAGCGGGAAAUUUAGUCCCUGCUUUUUCAGGUUGCCGUUCCCUCCAUAUCGCCGCCGGGUUGUCCGUCCAGGCCCAACGGCCGCAGAAAAGGCCGGAGCCGGUGGAAAUUCCUGGGCUGGAACCCAUUACUUACUGGGACAGGAUGCACUAUGUGCCAGGCCUUGCCGACCCCAAAUGCCCUAAAUGGGAUAGAGGAUGGGAAGACCCGUUCCAUCGCCGGGGGCCCAAAUAUGAGGAAAUGCCGCUGUAUAAAGAGAAGCCGUGUUACACGUUCCACCAGAGAACCAAGAUGUUAGAGGGUGUUAAACAAGCUCUUUGGCUAACCAAAUCUAAAUUAAUAGAGGGUCUACCAAAGCAGAUACUACAGAUUGCUGCAGAUUCUGCAAAUUAUUUUGAAGAUCAGGAUGAGCGAGUUAAGGCGGCUAUCAGUCAAGCUCGUUUUUGGACCACCACUGAAAUUCGUCCUAAAAGAAAUCGAUUUUGCCCUGUAUUGCUGCAGAAUCUGUUACAUUUAUGCAGGAUCUUGCAGCCCCGAUUUCCUACGCUUGGAAACAGGACACUGGCUGAAAAUUACCGUGUGACUGCAAUGUGGGAGAGAGAAUUGGACAUAUUUCGGGUUUGUGGUUUAAAUGGAGUCCUCCUGAGUAGCAAGGAACCUCUACCAACAGUAGCGGAAAAAGAGGAAAUAUUUAGCAGUGAAAAUUAUAUCCUCCCAACCUUCUAUCCUAUCUCUCCGAACAUUGACUUGCAGCAAACUCAUGUCUAUGAAGUACAUAAUGAUACAGGCUUCCGUGAUGGGUACCCCUUUCCUCAUGCGCACACAGUGUAUAUUACAGAGCACUCUGCUCAUAAGGCUAGGUUCAAACCUGAGCCACUGAGGGCCAAGAUGAUCAUGUUCACAUUUGCAAAUGCUUUUGCAAGGGCCAAACUGCUAUAUGGUGAAGAGCCAAAGGUGCUAGAUAAUCCUAUCACUGUACAAUGCAUUGCCACAAAUGGAAGAAUGUUCCAAUUCCUGGUGUUGCAGUUAAAUACCACAGAUCUACAAUCAAAUGAUGGUAUAAAAAACCUAAUUUGGCUAGAUCAAGAUCAGCUAUUGUAUGACUAUGCAAAGUGCCUCCCAGCAAUCAGAAAGAAAAUGAUACAGGUUCCUGCGGGGCUGUCCGGAUAUUGUCCAGAGACAUUCAAUAAGUUCCUUGCCAUGUACUUGUACGGUGCUGUGUAGAAGCACGUGGAUAACAGAUCAGUACUUUCACAAAGAAUUAUUACAAACCUGGAGGUGUCAGGGAAAACAAGAAUCUUCGUUGGAUACCAGAAAUGGUACAGACUGUAAACAUGUGCAAAAUCAAUAUUACUUCUCAUUGGCGCAGAGAUAAAUGUAUUGUGUUCAGAAGUUUUAUUCAAGAUGGAGACUUAUUGAAUUUUUUUCAAGUGAAUGAUGCUACUUCAUUAAAAAAAAUUUUCACAGUC